AUGCGUGUAUAUUACUACUCUUAUUGUGACGAUGACGCCCCUUCUCUGCUGCCCCAAGAAAAUACCACUCAUAGCGUCAUUUUCCAUUUUGUAAUUGCUCUUGUCAUGCGUCAACAUACAAACUCCGGGUCAUAUAUUAUCAGAUCAGACCAGGGCACAAGUGGAUGGAACAAUGGCACCGCAUGGCUUCUCGGAAUUACCAACUCGAUGUAUUGCUUCAGUGCCAGCGACGGAGCAAUCCAUAUAGCGGAAAAAAUGCGAUCACCGGGUCGUCGCCUCCCACAGAUCAUGAACAUGACCCUAGCCAUUGGUAUCUGUACAGCUGUACCGCUAUUAGCAGUCCUGAUGGUUUCCAUGAAGGACAUGGACCAAGUAAUGAAGGCCGGGAUGCCAGCCGUGGAACUAUUAUAUCAGGCAACAGGAUCAACAAGGGUGACCGUGGCACUUAACAUACUCUGGACCAUUAUAUACGGAGCAUGUCUUCCUCCACAGUGGGUUACCUGUGGGCGUCUUGCAUGGGCCUUCGCCAGAGACCGAGGUACUCCAUUUCCGGAUUUCUUCGACAAGAUAGACAAGCAGCUCGAGUUCCCGCUUCGCACAACUAUAGCCUCUACGGUAUUUGCUGCUAUUUAUGGUCUUAUAUACCUUGCCAGCACCACAGCUUUCAACUCCAUCAUUACCUCUGCCGUGACGCUAUUGAAUCUGAGUUAUGCUAUACCUCAGGCUAUUCUUGUUACGCGAGGUCGUGCGCAGUGUCUGCCAAAGCGGCCGCAUGAUCUUGGCCGAUGGGGAUAUAUCUGCAAUGUUUUUGCGCCGCUGUGGAUUACAGCCGUGGGUGUUAUGGUCUGUUUUCCGCCUAAUCUUCCAGUCGCUUUGGACUCGAUGAACUAUAGUGCACCCGUGAUGGUGGGUCUGUUUCUUAUCAUUCUUGUUUCCUGGGGUUUGAUAGGGGACGAGUUCAAGGGGCCCAAUAUUGAUUGGGAGGUAUUGAACCUCAAGAAUGAGGACAUAAGCCACACCCCGACAGAUAUAGUUGAGCCGAACAUAAGCCUAUGA